AUGGAGGGAUUGGGAAACUACAACUUCGGCUACGACGAAGACCACACAUCGGGCGGCUCGUUCCGGCGUGAAACGGGCAAUGCGCUGGGCGCCAAGGAGGGCUCGUACGGCCUGCGGGAUGCUGACGGUCGCGUACGCGUCGUCAGCUACGUAGCCGACGAGCUGGGCUUUCGAGCGUCUAUAUCCUCCAACGAGCCCGGAAUUAUGCCAUCGACGCCUGCUGGCGUAACCAUAGGUCUUCCCCUUCAAAGGCCAGUCACGUCAGCGGUGCCAGUGGCUGCACCGGCUCCAGCAGGUUUCGCUCCACCAGCUCCCGUCGCUUUUAAUUCAGCCCCCACUCGUCGCCCGGCGUACACUCCACAGGAGCCAGAGGGUACUUUCUUCCUCGGUGCGCCGUCCCCCCUCGGAAUCAAGUCGGCGCCCGUGGGACCACCGUCGUACGGUGUCCAGCCACCAUUGGAUAUCAAAGCAGCGCCUGUAGGACCACCAUCAUAUAGUGGUCUUCCAGCACCACCCUUCAGGGCGUCACCGGUAGCACCCACGGCCAACCCAUCACCGGCACCAUGGUCUGACAUGUACGGUGAUCUGCCGCAAUCGCCCGUAGCUCCCGGGGCUUACAACCCUCCGGCCCCAGCUACCUACACGUCACCGUCGCUUGCCUUCGCUGGUUAUAGCCCAUCUAUGCCAGCACUGCCACCUUAUACUAAUACGGUGAACACAUUCUCUGGAGCAUCAGAGGUGACAUUAGCUGAUCGUCCAUCUCUGCCUGGACCAUCACCUUUUGGCCAACCGGCACCACCCUUAACCGGAGCGAUAAUGGUGAUGCCUGUUAGCCAUCACUAUGUCUACAGACAGGACAACUUUGUGACCCUCCCAGCUGAAGGGAUGCCGUUCUCCACGGAUCAGGCACCACAACCACAACCUGCACCGUUCUUCUCACAGAAUGGAGGACCUGCGGCCCACGUGACAACUUCACACGCGUACAGCCACAAGAUCGCGCACUCGUUAGACGGGGGUCACCACCGCAGUUACAGGGCUUACAAGAAAAAAUAA